AUGGUCGCGGACGCCCUCGUCUACCACCCCACAGUCUCGCAUUAUCUCAAAUUCGUCGCGACAACGGUGGGUCGCGACAAGCUCCUUCGCACUAUCCAGUAUUUUGCAAGAUUCUAUUCUUGGUACUUGCUCCGCACGAAUGGCUCGAAGACUGAGAUUGCUUCCUGGGAUGCGCUCAAGCGACAGUUUGGCCUGGCCCGCAAGAUUUUCCGCGCUGGGAAGAAUGUGGAACACCUAAAGGCCGCAGCGGUGGCUGCCGACUCGAAAGCCAUGGAUCCGAUUCUCCGCUACACAACUGUUGGACGUCAGCUUGGGUAUGCUGGCUACUUGACGUUUGACCUGGCAACCCUCCUAGAUGCUAUGGGGCGAGAGAGCAGCAAGCCAGCUCCAGGUACUUUCUGA